GCUCUGCAUCUGUGGGCCCAGGCUUCCCAUCAGUAAAAUGUGGAUGGCAGCGGCCUUUUCCCCCUCACCAUUAGCUCCUUUGACUCCUGUCUGUCACUAACUAUUUCAGUGGCACAGUCUUUAGCUUUACUAGUUCUCUCAGCCUCUACACUGUCUGGGCUUCCUUUUUCAGUCCGGUUAACUCUGUUUCAUUAGUCUUCCCAGGCUGCUGUGAUGAAAUAUGGCACAGUUCUAGAAGCUGGAAGCCCAAGAUCAAGGUGCCAGCCAACUUGGUUCUUAGAACUUUCUUCCUGACUUGCAGACGACCGCCUUCUCCCUGUAUUCUCACAUGACAGAGAGAGAACAAGCUCUGAUGUCUCUCCCUGUUCUUAUAAGGGCACUAAUCUCAUCAUGAGAGUCCUACCCUCAUGACCUCACAAAGAGCCCCAUUUCCAAACAUCCUCACAUUAGGGGUUAGAGCUUCAACAUUUUGGUACAUACAGCAUCGCACAGCAGCUGUCUUCUGCUUUGCUGUCUCCUACCCAAGUAGACUGAAUGAUGGGGGGAGUAACAAGCUAGUAGGAAUUUCCAGUCUCUUCUUGUGUUCCUUCCUCUGGGUCCUUUCUGCACCUCUCUAAUUCUUUUACCUCGACAUCCUGUCAAAUUCCCUGCAGUAGCUAUUCCAAAUUUCAUUCCAUUCUCUCCUUUAUAGGAUCUGUCUUAUACUCAGAAGACUACUUUAAUUCUUAAUUUACUGAGAUGACACAGGCUGUGUAGCAAGGGCCCCCUCAAUGCUCUUCCCCUCUGUCUCAGGAGGAGGUGUUACUCCUUGCUAAGGCAAACUCCUCCUCAUCUCCUCUGAUUACUCUUCUUCUGCCCCCUAAAUGUUGUCCCCUGCCAAGUUCUAUUUUAGGGCUUCUCUGUAUAAGCUGCUGCCACCUGGGAAUUCCCUGGCGGUCCAGUGGUUAGGACUCUGUGCUUCCACUGCAGGGGGCAUGGGUUGGAUCCCUGGUUGGGGAACUAAGAUCCCACAAGCCACACGGCUCGGCCAAAAAAAAAAAAAAGCUGCUGCCACCUUUUUGAAGCCCACUCUAACCUCUCUCUAGGCUGUUUAGGGGACUUUGGUAAUUCUUUAUUGAAUGUUCAACCUAUGAGAUGCACACUGCCAGGCACUGGAGAUGCAGAGAUGAAGAACUCAUACCUACUCACUGCAGCUACACAGAACUGUAGAUGAUAUCAAUACAUUAAAGAGCAUUGUAUCUUCUUGCAGUUUCAGAAGUGCAUGAUCCAGACUUGGGGUGUGGAAGGGAAAGGGUAUAAACCUGUUGUUCAAGUAUACUUUGCUAAAGUGUACGUUCAUCCCUCGGUAUCCGUGGGAUACCUGCUCCCCACCAAAACCUGUGAAUGCCCAAGUCCCUUAUGUGAAAUGGUGUAGUAUUUGCAUAUGACCUACACAUGUCCUCCCAUAUAAUUUAAAUUAUUUCUAGAUUACUUAUAAUACCUAAUACAAUGUUUAAUGCUAUGUAAAUAGUUGUAAAUACAAUGUAAAUGCUAUAUAAAUAGUUGCUGGGCAUACAGCAAAUUUGCUUUUUUGGAACUUUAUGGAAUUUUUUUUUUUUUUUGAUCUUCAGUUGGUUGAAUACACGGAUUCAAAACCCUUGGAUACGGAGGACCGACUGUACUUUUAUUCUUCCAUAAAUGUACAGACUUCAUUCUUUUAAAAAACGUUACUGUAUUCCUAUGUUUGUAUAUUUAAUCAGGUCUCUGUCAAUGGGCAAGUAGUUUUAUCUUCUGCUACAGACUGCUGCAGUGAACGUCCUUGUAGAUGUAUCUUUGCUUACUACUGCAAGUACUUCUGCAGUAUGAAUUCCUAGAAGUGUUAUGGUUGAGUCAAGCGCGUGUGCAUGUUUUGCCAAAUCGCCCUCCAAAUGGUUGAACCUGGUGCCCUUUAGAGAAGGGGGCGGGGGUGGAAAAAACUUUGGGCCUCCGAGCAGCAGGUGGCGCUCUGAGCGCCUCUCCGCCGAAGCGGCAAGGCGACGCCGACCGACUUCCGGUGGCGGCGUUGGCGCAGGCGCAGUACAGCCGACGCUGGAGGCCGAGAGAGUGGAGGGGCGCGAUGCCGUAUGCCAACCAGCCUACCGUGCGGAUCACGGAGCUCACCGACGAGAAUGUCAAGUUCAUCAUCGAGAAUACGGACCUGGCGGUGGCAAAUUCUAUCCGGAGGGUCUUCAUCGCUGAGGUGCCCAUAAUAGCAAUUGACUGGGUUCAGAUUGAUGCCAAUUCCUCAGUCCUUCACGAUGAGUUCAUUGCUCACAGGCUUGGAUUAAUUCCCCUCACGAGUGACGACAUUGUGGACAAGCUGCAGUACUCCCGGGACUGUACGUGUGAAGAGUUCUGCCCCGAGUGCUCGGUGGAGUUCACCCUCGACGUGCGGUGCAACGAAGACCAGACGCGUCACGUCACGUCUCGAGACCUCAUCUCCAACAGCCCCCGGGUCAUUCCGGUGACAUCCCGGAGCCGAGAUAAUGACCCCAACGACUACGUGGAGCAGGAUGACAUUCUCAUCGUCAAGCUGAGAAAGGGCCAGGAGCUGAGGCUUCGAGCCUACGCCAAAAAGGGCUUUGGCAAGGAACACGCCAAGUGGAACCCGACUGCAGGCGUGGCUUUUGAAUACGAUCCCGACAAUGCCCUGAGGCACACGGUGUACCCCAAGCCGGAGGAGUGGCCAAAGAGUGAGUACUCAGAGCUGGACGAGGAUGAGUCGCAGGCGCCCUACGACCCCAACGGCAAGCCGGAGAGGUUUUACUACAACGUGGAGUCCUGUGGCUCUCUGCGCCCUGAAACCAUUGUCCUGUCAGCCCUGUCUGGAUUAAAGAAGAAGCUGAGUGAUUUACAGACCCAGUUAAGCCACGAGAUCCAGAGUGACGUCCUGACCAUAAACUAGCUGCAGCUCACCUGUUUCAGCAGAACAGCAGUUGAAUUUUAGGUCUCUCCUGAGACUCCAGAUCUUGGCUCCUGGGGACUGGACAGCUGUUGCUCAAGCUUCCUGGCAAGUCUUCAGUACCAAUUAGAAAGGUAGCAGCGGGGAAGGGUAGGUCCAUCCCAGCCUUGCGCAGUCACAGAUUACCAGGGCCAGCACUGCUGUUGGAGGCAGGACGGUCCCUUCCCAGACAUUUAGCGUCCCCGGCCCUGCCUGCUGAUGGGCAGUAGUGCUGCCCGGAACAUCCCUUCUGCCCUGUAUUCAGUGUGCCUCAGGGGGCCAUGGCAUUCCCCUGUUGAGAACCACUGAGCUGAACUCUCAUCUUCUGGGUAUUUCAGUUCUUUACUUCAAAUCCUUUCUGUUCACAAGUUGGAAUGUUCACUGUUGCACCUUAGGCUUCUGUGUUAGCGCUGAAUCUAGGACCCUACUCAGGCUCCUGCCAGCCCUUCCAGUCCCUGCCCCGGCCAGUCUAUUGGUUCUUCACUCAAAUUCCCAAGUGUCCCUAAUUUGAGAAUCCUGUGAGAGUAGUGUUAGGCCCAGGCUAUCCCCCUCUUCCCGCCAGUAAGCCUUGUAUUUUGUUCUCUACCCAUGAGUUUUGAACAUCACCAACAAUGGCCAGGCUAUUUAAUUUGUGGGGGAGGGCAAGGGCCUUCAUGGAGGUCUGGCCUUGACCACUUAGCCCUAUAGGUAGGAACAUACCCAAAGCAGUUCAUUAGGCAGCCAGGCAGGAGAAGCCUGGAGAAAACCAGAGAUCUAGUACAAAAAGGAAGGGUUAUUUAUUAACAGUAGUUGUCUUUUAAAGUUUUUAUUUUUGGCAAUAAAGAGCAAAACGUACGUAA